CACAGGUGAGGGAGUGGCCACCUGCUCAGUGUGAGAGUCAAGCUGUCAGGCCCGGACUGUCCGAGAGGAAUAACACCUUCUGACAAGCUUUUAUUCUGAGAGCAAGCACACCAGAAUCCGGUUGAUGAUAUGAUGGUGCCGACCCACUCGUGACAAUGUAUGAGGUGAUGUCCGGUGACACCCUGUCCUGGAAGGUGGCCAGUCCAAGACAAAGCGUGACAGAGUCCAGCCCCGAAUCGAACCCCCCUGGGGAAGGAGGGCCCGUCAAGAUCCUCAAAGUGUGCUUCUGCACCAACAACAACCUGGGCAAGAACUUCAAGCUGGUUAAAUGUGACAGCUCCUGGCAAAUUAGGGCCAUCAUUCGUUCGAUUCUGAUCUGUGGUCGAUUGGGGCCGAACAUCGAACACUCAGGAUGCUACGGUCUCCUGCUGAAGCACCUGAAGUCAGAAGAACUUCACUGGCUGCAUCCGGAUCUGACUGUUGGGGAGGUGGAGCAACGCUACGAGAGCCAUCAUGUGGAAGCUGAGUGGAGGUAUGACCUUCGUAUCAGAUACGUUCCUGUCAACUUCUUGGAGAAAUUCAAAGAUGACAGAUCUACGUUAGUGUUUUUUUACCAACAGGUGCGUAGUGACUACAUGCAGUAUCACGCCUCUAAAGUCAGUGAUGGGAUGGCUCUGCAGCUCGGUUGUUUGGAGAUCAGGAGGUUCUACAAAGACAUGAAUGCAAAAGGUCUCGAGAAGAAGUCCAACUUUGAGCUGCUAGAAAAAGAGGUGGGCCUUGAGCUCUUCUUUCCUCCACAGCUGAUUAACAGCAUGAAGUCAAAGCAGCUACGGAAGUUGAUCCAGCAAACGUUUCAACAGUACGCAACGCUCAAGGAGGACGACUGCAUGAUCAAGUUUUUCGAGACCCUCAACGAUUUCAUCAACUAUGAUGAAGAGGUUUUCCCAUGUGAACUAGUGCAAGGUUGGAGUCUAGCAGUGGAGCUGGUCAUCGGUGGGAGGGGGAUUCGCCAACGCACACAGAAGAAUUCAGCGCCUGUUUUUCUAGCCGACUUCAAACAGAUCAAGAAAAUCCAAUGCUUAUCUCAGAGCGACGGGAAGGCUCUCUUAGACCUCAGCGUAGAGGGGGCCAGACAACGGCUAUCGAUCAACGUGGCCACAGUCCCUAUGGCAGAGAACAUGAUGGACCUUAUUGAUGGCUACUACCGGCUGGAAAAUGACACCGAUGAUUCUGUUAUCUACCGACCAAAUAAAGAUGCCAAUGCACGGACUGCCCUACCUGAGAUCCCUACAAACAACAGAGACUCCAGCUCGACCAGACACAGUAUGGGGUCGGAUAUCUAUUGUGAGAUCCUCGAUGAAAGGCCGACGUCAGUUGUAAAGUACGGGAUCGACCGAGGCGACAUCGUUCUCGGCCAAAUCCUUGGUUCAGGUUUUUUUGGGGAAGUCUACGAUGGAGUUUACAAAAAAGAUAGCGGUGAGAAGAUUAAUGUGGCAGUGAAGACCUGCAAAGACUGUUCACCUGAUGUGAUGGAGAAGUUCAUGAGUGAAGCAGUAAUUAUGAAGAACCUCAAUCAUCAGCACAUCGUCAAACUGAUCGGAAUCAUAGAGGAAGAUCCUGUGUGGAUCGUCAUGGAGCUUUAUCAGUAUGGAGAGCUCGGGAACUACCUAUCAGAGAACCAGAAUACAAUGACAAAUAUAACUCUGGUGCUGUUCAGCCUGCAGAUCUGCAAAGCUCUUGUCUACCUUGAAGGGGUCAACGUGGUCCACAGAGACAUUGCUGUGCGGAACAUCUUAGUCGCCAGUCCAGACUGUGUGAAGCUCGGAGACUUCGGUCUGUCGAGAUACAUUGAGGAUGAAGAAUACUACAAAGCGUCUGUUACCCGGUUGCCAAUCAAGUGGAUGGCUCCAGAAUCCAUCAACUUCAGACGUUUCACCACCGCCAGUGAUGUCUGGAUGUUUGCCGUAUGUAUGUGGGAGAUAAUGAGUUGUGGUCAGCAACCAUUCUUCUGGCUCGAGAACAGAGACGUGAUCAACCAGCUGGAGCAGGGAAUCAGGCUGCCCAAACCGGACAACUGCCCUCCUGCCCUCUACUCCCUCAUGACCCGCUGCUGGUCCUACGAUCCCAGAGAGAGACCCAGCUUCACUGAGCUGGUGGUGAAGAUCAGUGAUGUCCACAAGAUGGAGAAGGAGCAGGAAGUGGAGAGAGAGAGGGACAGAGCGCGCUCCACCAAAAUUUUCGACCCCAAGUUCAAUUUCAACGAGCCUCCUCCGAAGCCUUCAAGGAUGCAACCAGGGCGGUUCGGGAACAUGCUCAGCAUUGGCCUACACAUUCAGCUGAACGAGGCUUUAUGUGCCAGCUCACCUGACCUGGCCAGCCCGUGUGAAUACCAGUCCCCCGUCGACUCCAUGAGCAUGCUCGGGUUGCCGGAAACCAGGUCCCCUCGGCGUCGCAGCAUGGGGGAGGGCGAGUUUUUCCGAGCAGAACCAAACAGCAGGGAGGACGCCACGCGCCUGUGGCAGCAGGAGAGACAUCACAUGCAGAACACUCUCCGCGUGCAGAAACAGCAGAUGAUGGAGGACGAGAAGUGGCUGGAGAAGGAGGAGAGACUCCUGGACCCCAUGGGACCAGAGGACUCUGCCGGCCCAGCGUCCCCUGAAGCUGAAGAAGACCAUGCACCUCCAGAGAAGCCCCCGAGGCUCACAGCACAGCCUGCGCCCACAGCUGAGCUGGACCGCUCCGACGACAAGGUGUACCAGUACGUCAUGGACCUGGUUAAAGUUGUUGUCCAACUCAAGAAUGACAUCGCAGAGGCGCCACCGGAAAAAUACAUCACCAUUGUCAAGUCCGUUGGGAUGGCUUUACGAGAUCUGAUUCGCAGUGUGGAUGACAUACUGCCCACCUUACACGAGUCUGUCAGGACUGAGAUCGAGGGCACCCAGAAGCUGCUGAACAACGACAUGGCGGAGCUGAUCAGCAAAAUGCGUCUGGCCCAGCAGAACUCCAUCACCACUUUGAAGGAGGAGUGUAAGAAACAGAUGCUGGCUGCUGCACACACUCUGGCUAUGGACAGUAAGAACAUGUUAGACGCUGUGGACCAAUCCAGAGUCAGGGCCAAUUUAGCCAAGCCAGUGGCCCCCUAGUGGACUGUAAGCUCUCCCAUUCGGUUUCAAGCUAAUGAUUCACAUCCGUCAGUCAGAAAUAACAUUUGCACACAGUUGAGCAUUUUUAUGGUGAUCAGAAAUGUUAACACUGGGGUGCAGAAGUUUUGUCUCCCACUUCUGGCAAUGAGAGUAAUAAACACAAACACUGUCAACACUGCGGAUGAUUCAGGCCUACAGGUGAGGUCGCCGCAUCUCCCCCUCUCCAGGAGUGUUUGUCCUCGUCAUCGAUUGUUUUUUUUGUUGUUUUUUUUACUUUAAUCCUUCAUCUGAACACCUUUUUAUCUGGAGCUUUCACUACAGAACUUGUCUUGGACAUUUCUUCAUUUUGGAUUUUCUGCUAUAGUAAGUGACAUACUCCCAGCUAAGGCUCGGUCAUUAUAGUCUCUCACAACCCUUUUCUGUUCCAAUCAGCUCUGGCUGGUUGAUGUAAACCCAUCAUUGGUGGGCCGGCGCAGGAAAUACCCCACAGAAACCACAUACACAGAGUCCGAGUUUCCCUGGUGGCAAAGGUCUUAAUCAGCAUAGAACGCUGCAGGAUUGAUGAGUCUUUGUAGGCCAACCCUAGAACUUAGCAUCUUGUGCACUCGACUUUUCCAAUUGGUGAUUUUUCAAUUGGAAAGGUUAUGAUACUUACAUGUUAGCUAACCUUAGGCUACGAAUGAACUGCAACACGGUCGCAUGAGCGCUAGUUUACACAACAAGGCUGUAAAGGCAGACUAGUAGGUACGAUGACAUUUUUGAGUUUCAUUUAUACUUUGGUUAGCAACAGCCUUUUUUUAGCUUCAAAAUUCACGAGUGGGGUAUUUACUGUUGUAUAUCAUAUCGUACAGCAAAACCUUAAAAUCUCAAAAGCUUGUGUUAACCACAAACCUCAUUUGAGGCAUAACCAAAAACCCAUUUAAUGAUCCCACUGACUUAGAGACGAGGGAACCGAAAGUACAAAAAUGCUGCUAACUAAUUUCUGGAUUUUAGGAUUUAUUCUUGCAGCAUUGCAUUGUGUGAACUUAAAUGACUCAACGUUCAUUUAUAUGUUAUAGUCCUGCACUCCAGUUUUAAAGUACAAUACGAUGGUACAAGUCAGUGGAUAUGGACAACUUGAAAAAAGUUGUAUUUGCUUUUCAAGGUAGUAUGUAUACUGAAAAUGAUGGUCUAUUGGCAUCAUAUUUACGAUGCCAUCAUUUCAGAUAAACUUAAUUUCAUGGUGACUGUGAUUGGUGAUUUAUUGACUUAAUUAUCUGAUCAGAAAUUGGAUUUUCCUUGUAAAUAUAAAAUCUGUCAAGCACAAUAGGUUUUUACAGCAGAGAAAAAGAAAAACAAUUUCAAAAUAAUGUGAUCUAAAUUAAAACACCUUUUCAAUCUACUUUUCAGAAGUGUUUUAUAUAUACAGUGCAUAUCUCAAGUUUGACUAUGACGCAUUAUAUAAAAAUUAUAAGAUGAAGACAAGAACGGUUUGCAUAAUUGGUUGUCAGAAAAGUGAAAAGCUCUCUUGAGAGAAGAAAUGUUUCUGUAUAAUAACCAUUACUAGCACGUGAAUCAAGUGAUAUAAAAAUAAAUAUGAUGUAUGCUACUGU